UCUGCUCCGGCCCGUGCACGGUCUCAGCGGCUGGAAGUCACCCUUCGCGUCCGUCGACGGUUCCCCGGCGACCCAAAGAACGGACGUGCGACCCCGGGACCUCGCCAUGGCUGGGGCGCGCGGGCUCCUCUAUCUGUGGCUGGGCUGCUGCUGCGUGAGUCUGGCGCCCGCAGAUGACCAGGACCCGCACCUCCCCGAGCCCGGCUCCGCAGGCGCCCGAGAGCGCGCGGCAGGUGACGACCCGACCCCCGCGCUGCCACCGCACGACAAGGUGUCGGAGCACAUGCUAUGGCUCUAUGACAGGUACAGCGGCAGUGGCAGAGUCCAGGCCACCAGGACGCCGGGCUCCCGGGAGCGGGGUUCUGCCCCUCGGCGCCCCCAGCCCCUGCGCGAGGGCAACACGGUCCGCAGCUUUAGAGCGGGAGCCGCAGGAACACUUCAAAGCAAGGGAUUGCACAUUUUCAAUCUGACUUCUCUAACCAAGUCUGAAAACAUUUUAUCAGCCACAUUGUAUUUCUGUAUUGGAGAACUAGUAAACAUGAGCCUGAGUUGUCCAGGAUGCUCCCAUCAUACUCAGAGAGAACACCUUCAGAUAGAUCUUUCUGCCUGGAUCCUCAAAUUCAAUCACAACCACAGUCAACUCCUAGGUCAUCUGUCAGUAGAUGUGGCCAAACCUUAUCAAAAUGUCAUGUCCUGGCUGUCUAAAGACAUCACUCAGCUCUUGAGGAAGGCCAAGGAGAAUGAAGAGUUCCUCAUAGGAUUUAACAUGACCUCCAAAGCACAGGAGCUGCCCCAGAGGAUGUUACUUUAUCCGGAGCCUUAUAUCUUAGUGUAUGCCAAUGAUGUUGCCAUUUCUGAGCCAGAAAGUGUGGUGUCAAGCUUACAAAGACACAGGAAUUUCCCCACAGGGACUGUACCAAAACUGGAUAGCCACAUCAGAGCUGCUCUCUCUGUUGAAAGGAGGAAGAAGCGUUCUGCUGGGAUCUUGUUACCUCUGCAGAACAAUGAGCUGCCAGGGGCAGAAUAUCAAUACAAGGAGGAUGGAGUGUGGGAGGAGAGACAGCCUUACAAGACCCUGCAGACCCAGCCACCUGAGAAGAGUAAGAACAAAAAGAAACAGAGGAAAGGAUCUCACCAGAAGAGCCAGACACUCCAGUUUGAUGAACAGACCCUGAAGAAGGCAAGAAGAAAGCAAUGGAUUGAACCUCGAAAUUGUGCCAGGAGGUACCUUAAGGUGGACUUUGCUGACAUUGGCUGGAGUGAAUGGAUUAUCUCCCCCAAGUCUUUUGAUGCUUAUUACUGCUCUGGAGCAUGUCAGUUCCCCAUGCCAAAGUCUUUGAAGCCAUCUAAUCAUGCCACCAUCCAGAGCAUAGUGAGAGCUGUGGGGGUCGUGCCUGGGAUCCCUGAACCUUGCUGUGUGCCAGAAAAGAUGUCCUCACUCAGCAUCCUAUUCUUUGAUGAAAAUAAGAAUGUAGUGCUUAAAGUAUAUCCUAACAUGACAGUAGAAUCCUGUGCUUGCAGAUAACCUGGCAAAGAACUCAUGCGAAUGCUCAAUUCAAUCAUUAGUUUGUUUCUAUGGACUUUUUUUUUUUUUGCACUGCCAAUGCAUUUUUGUCCCAAAAGAUGUUUUAUAGGCUGAAGAGGAUCAAUAAUAGAUUGAAGAUUUUCACCAAACAGAACUGUACUGUGUUUUGUUAUGAAUGUAACUAAAGGCAAGAUUUUAGUAAAUGUGUAUAUCUAUUUUCUUUAAUUUUUUUACUAACACAAGAAAAAUUGUAACACCACCUGGUUUUAGAAGUGUUGGAGAACAUACUGUUUUAUUCUUGUAAUGGGUUUUAAAAUGAAGUGGAAAACAGCAAUAGCCUGCCAUGUAUCUCAGACAUACCUAAGAACUAAAGGGAAGGAGGGUCUUGCCUUAUAUUCCUGAGCAUUCCAGCAACUGCUAAAUAAGCCAGACAACUUUGAUGUUUAUCAUCAGUAUUUCUUAAGCUUGUUAUCCUUGAUUUUUCUCCACAAGUUACUAUGAUAGUUUAGAGAGGGGGAGAGAGAGAGAGAGGGAAUGUAUGAUGUGUGUAUGUGCAAAGUGUGCCUGUAAUGUUUGUAAUGAAGUUUCCGUAAAAUGGUUCUAUAACCCAAUCUAUAAAAUAUUCUUUAUAAAAAAAUUUCAUGUUCUGACAAGCACCCAUCACUUAAGCAAAAUUUACCAGAAAUGAAAGAUUGAUGCAAGACUGCAGAAAAUUGCUACUUGAUCCAGCCAUUGAUUUGGAAAGACAGUUGUUUGCAUUUUAUUGAGUCCCAGAAAAGGUAAUCAGCAACUGGGCUUUUGAAUACCCAGACGUGAUUCCCUUUCCAUACUUCCUUUUCACAAGUAGAUUCAUUUGUUCUAAGUGGAGUUUUAAAAAUGUUUUCAGAAGUCAUUCAAAUUUUUAGUGUUUUUUUUUUAUGUUAUCCUUUUGCAUUCCUAUGAAGUUGUCAAUGGAUGGUGAGGCUUAAAAACUGGUGGAGUUCUCCAUCUAGGGCCAAAGUGUUGACUAUCCCUCUUCAGUCACAUUCUCAUCCAGGUGCUUCUCCACCUAGAUAAGGGCACUGACCACAGUUCUGUGGAGUCUAAGACUUUGUCAAAGCUCACUAAAAUUAUCCACCAGAAAAGGGAAACAAAUAUAGACACAAAUUUUCUUCCCCCCACCCAUUUUCAUUUGUCCUAAGCACCUCCUCUUAUGUUUUUGAUUGUGAAAAGUGUUUUGAAAGUUGUUCACUCUCUGUAUUCACUUGAGAGGAAGAAGUGGCACAGGCCAUGCACAGUUGUUGAUGAUGUCUCUGAGGUUAGCCCCAUCUCAGUUGAUGAUCCAGAGUAACAGCCAUUUCCUAGGCCAUGCAGUGACUAAAGACCUGGGCCCGCGAGUGUCUCUGCCUACAGCACUCUAAGGUAGUUCUGUCAUCCAUUAAGUAUUCCCUGAGCAUCUGCUUGCUGGAAAGACACUGUGUUCUCCCUAGUAAAAUCCAGAGGCUGGCCAUUUGAGCUGGACGGGCUGAGAGUCUCGGUUUCUGCAGUGGCCGUCUUCCUCAAAGAAAUGAUAACUACCGACAGAAGAACACUGCGUGUAUCUUCAUACAGCAAAUGGAGCAGCUUAUGCUUCAGCACUGGAGGGUGAGAGUGGCCCUCUGUAGUCCACGUGGUGUUUUAUUGGGCGGCUAUCACAAUAUUCAUGGAAAGGAGCUCUUUGUCCCUUUUGAAGGACACUCAUUUGUGUGAACAUGCAUCAACUCCAAAUGGCACACAUCUGGUCUGGCACAAAUUACAUGCUGACACCUAUGUGACUUGGUUUCAUCAGGUCUGUUUCUUUUCUGAUAAAGUUUCAAAGAUUCAAAACAGGAUGGGGGGGUUGGUGAAACUAUUUUUAACAAAUAUGAAUACAAAAGUGUAUCACAGUGAGCACCUGUAUCCUGGUCAUACUGGUUUUCAUCAAAGAGACUUUCUUUUGCUUAUAUUUAAUGAAUUCUUAUGAGCCCAAACCUCUGCCAGUUCUUACUAUUACUUAGCCAUUUAUAUAAACUUGGAGCAAACCCUAUUUUUUACCAGUUUAAUUCAACAGUUUCCAAACAUCCCUUAAGUAAUUUUUUUUAAAAAUCUGAGUAUCAACUAAUUAAGGAUUUAUUUUGACUAGUAAUUGAUAUAAUAAAAUUUCUACACAAUGAAAAAUGUUGAAUAGAAAUCACUGGUAGUUAUUUCUGCAUGAACUUCUAACCAGCACUUCAAUCUCUACUGAAGAAACAGCAUGUUAUGAUAUAAAUGGAAAAAGUGGCAUCUUAAACAAUAAAUGAAAAUUACUUUUCAGUAAUGAAGAGAGAAGUAAAUAGCAUUUUAAAAAUUAUUUAAAAUAGAAAAUAAGUGCCUACUUUUAAAUAGGUACAAGUGUCCAUGUAAUUUAUACCUAAGAUUUUAAGAAAUAUUUGGAUUUUAUAUGGCAUUUCUUAAUGUGUUAGGUACAGAUUUCCAUGUAAUUCAUGCAUAAGAUUUUGAGAAGUGUUUGGAUAUUGUAUUGGCAUUGAAGAGGAAGAAACAUUACAUUUUAAAUUCCCAUUUUAGAAUUCACUGAAUAACUUUUUCCUCAGAAUUUCUGUUAAGGUACUGCUAAUAUCUAUUCAAUAUUUUAAGUGUGCUUUGUAACCUGUGCAAAUAAUAUGCAAUUUACAGGAUUUGGUGUUAUAGAAUUAAACUGGAAGGCUGACUUCCUUGGAUCCCAGGAUUAUAUUAUUCCAUAUUAUUUGUACACUCACCUAGCUAUGAAUUAACUGAUGAGCAUUUAUUCAGUAAGAUAAUGUUUUACCUUAAUAUUUCUGUAUAAAACUUUGCUCAUUUAAUAUUUUCAUAGACAAUUAUGUCUAUUAUUUUCAUCAAUCUGACUUAUACAAAAUUUAUAUAAUUACACUGUUUAGUUAAUCUUUUGGCUUCCUCUUGUCUUUAUGCUACUAAAUAAACAAUGACUGGACACCCUGAAUCAAGGUUGGAUUAGAGAGGAGCUAUGCCUACCUGCAAUGUAAGGUUGAAUAAGCAAGUACAUAAGAAACCUUGUGUCUGUCUUCACUGUUAUGCUUCCUUCCUCUGAGAAUUGUAGUUUAAUGUAGAUUAUAAGACAGAAAAUGAUGCAAUUUUUUUCUAAAAGCUAAGUCUUCCUUUCAACUUUUCACACUAGUUUCUGUAAAUGUUUGAGGUGAAAGUUUAAUGCUUGUACAGUCAGGGGCAAUUUAAAUAUAUAUUAUAUAUGUAUAUGGAAAAACUUUAAAGAUGCUUUUAAUUUAUUUAAUGACUGUUGCCUUUCUAUAUUGAUAAUGAUUUUCUUUCUUACAAGGUGAGAAGAACUUCUUUAUUUACUAGUCACUAGAUACACAAUGAAAUUUGGCUCAUUAGUCAAGUCCUCAUAAAGGGUGUGUCCCAGAGAAACUGUGAAGGACACGUCACUACUGAUAUUCCAAACUUUGCUGACUUCAUAUCAUUUUCCUCCAGUAAUGAGCUCUUAUUAUGUAUUUCAAAAAUAAAAAUUGCUUAAUUGGACAUUA